UUACUCACCAAGUGAAGUCAAAGACGACAAUGCCAUCACUUCGAGUUGUAACGCUGAACUGCCCGUCGAGAAAACAGAACACAACACACGAACACUCAUCAAUGGCCCAAUAGCAUUUUAUUUCUACAAUAGAUUUACAUACCUGGGAUUGGAUCUUAGUCCAAUUGUCCUCCGUGUUCCUAAACCCGUCUCGAUCUGUUUCCUUUUUACAUCAGAUUCCAACAUAUCCCGCACAUUCUUUUGAGGCAGACAUGUUCCUCUUCGAUUGGUUCUACGGCGUGCUCGCAUCGCUUGGCCUAUGGCAGAAAGAGGCUAAGAUUCUUUUCCUGGGUCUCGACAAUGCUGGCAAGACCACCCUUCUUCACAUGUUGAAAGACGAGCGACUAGUACAACACCAGCCAACCCAGCACCCCACUUCGGAGGAGCUGAGUAUUGGGAAAAUCAAGUUUAAGGCUUUCGAUUUGGGUGGCCACCAGAUCGCUCGCAGAGUCUGGAAAGAUUACUAUGCUAAGGUGGAUGCAGUGGUUUACCUUGUUGAUGCUUUUGACAAGGAGAGGUUUGCAGAAUCAAAAAAGGAGCUGGAUGGCCUCCUUUCAGAUGAAUCCCUUGCUACUGUUCCAUUUCUUGUGCUGGGGAACAAGAUUGACAUUCCCUAUGCAGCUUCAGAAGAUGAGCUAUGCUAUCAUCUAGGGCUGACCAAUUUCACAACUGGCAAGGGGAAGAUGAAUCUUACAGAAUCCAACGUCCGGCCCAUUGAAGUUUUCAUGUGCAGUAUUGUUCGCAAGAUGGGUUAUGGUGAUGGUUUCAAGUGGCUCUCACAAUACAUCAAGUAGUAGCAGAGAUAGUAAGGGGAUAACAAUUUGCUCUGUAUUCAUGUGCUAACUUUUCUGCAACUCUAAAGCGCCUGAAUACAGCGUGACAGAUUUUUUAGUACUAUCAUUUUUUUCUAUUGGUAUUGAAGGAUUAACGACUGCAGAAUUUUUUUUUAUCCUUGUAGUGAGCCAUUUCAAAUUUGUUGUUUGGGCGAUUGUUCUCUGAUAGGUCUGAAAUAAUUUUGAAAGAUGGUGGUACUUUUUCUUUUUUGUUGGGAAUGAGGAAAAAAAAAAACUGUUCUUUCUU